AUGUCGUUUUGUGUGUCGAUUCCCCUGCAGAAGCGGAUGCUGUUUUAUGGGCGGGUGUCGUUUUGUGUGUCGAUUCCCUUGCAGAAGCGGAUGCUGUUUUAUGGGCGGGUGUCGUUUUGUGGGUCGAUGCCCUUGCAGAAGCAGAUCAUGUUGUAUGGGCGGAUGUCGUUUUGUCGGACACUCGUCCAUGAGUUCGCGCAUCUCCGUUACGGCGUGUUUGAUGAGUAUGGACUUGGCAGCACCGACUUCCCCAACUUCUACCUGGACGACGACACCCUGAUGCCCACCGGCUGCACCGACUCCAUCAAGGGCCAGCUACACGGGGACUGCAGCCUCGACCCGGCCACACAGCUGCCAGGGAAGGACUGCUACUUUCUGUCGGACGUGGACGGCAACACGGCUAGAGCGUCAAUCAUGAACGAUGUCUUCGUCAAAUCGGUGACUACAUUUUGUGAGAGCAAUACCAAUGACCCGGAUUACCUUCACAACGACCUGGCCCCGAACCUGCAUAACAAGAUGUGUGGGGGCAAGGGCACCUGGGACGUCAUCUUGGAGAGCCCCGACUUCAGGGGAGGUACCAACCCACCCGUCAACAAGACCGAGGCUGAGAUAAGACCGACGUUCAACGUUCUAACAACCGCUACUUCAAACAAAGUCAGACAGCAGACAAACUCAUCAGAGAUAUCCUUCCCGUGGGGAACCAAGGUCGGGGUGGUAACGUUUAGUUCCACCCCGUCUACAGCAAUACCACUGACGCUGUUGUCGACGACCGCUGACAGAGACCGUGUUUCAAACCAGCUGCCGACACAGAAUAACUAUGGAGGUUCCACCGGGAUUGGUCGUGGACUCCUUCUUGCUAAACAGAUGCUACACGAUGCAGGUGCGUUAAAGGAAGGCAGGAUAGUGCUGAUCACAGAUGGAGAGGAGAACGUUCGACCUUACGUAGCUGAUAUGAAAGGACAGUUACUCCAGGCUGGAGUCCGGGUACACGCAGUGGCCUACAGUAGUGCAGCUGCCCGUGCCAUAGGGAAACUAGCAAAUGAAUCAGGUGGCCAAUACGCCUACUACUCUGAGGGCGCCACCUCCACCGUUCUGGACAGCGUCAUCGAGACCUUGAUGAAAGACAUAUCCAUCUGUAACAACAGGGUCCGUAUAGAGAUAUUUAGAGCAGCUAAGUUUGUGACUGGCGGUACAACUGUGGAAGACAACGUAAUUAUGGACGCUACAGUAGGGAGUGAUACAAUGUUUGUCUUCACCCUCCCGCAUAGAACAUCAGUGACGGUGACCUUGUCAUCCCCUGAUGGCGUGAAGUAUACCUCAGGAAGUAGUGAAUGUUCCAUCGACCACACACUCAACAUCGUCAGAUUCAACUUCCACAAAGCACAGACAGGGGUAUGGCGCUAUUCACUGUGGAGCCCGACAUCUGGCACAGUGACCCUUGUGGUGAAAGCGCUCCCCGCGGACCACGCCCAACCCUAUGAGAUCAACUCCUGGCUGUCCUCCACGGGCGCUGAUCUCUCCGCAGCUAACCCAGUUAAACCUAUCGUCUAUGUCAGUGUACGCAAAGGCUACUCCCCCGUUGUCGACGCUGACGUUACUGUGAUUGUAGAACGACCAACUGGUCUUCCCGUGACUCUAAAACCAAAGGAUGACGGGACAUUGCCGGACAACAUGGCCGACGACGGGGUGUAUUCCGUGUACUUCACCCAGUUCAGCGGAAACGAGAGAUACUCCCUGGAUGUAGACGUGAGGACCAUCGCUCACAAAACACGCUACUUCAUUCAGGGAGGUCCAGCCUUCGGGAGGGCAAACUCAAGAUUUCACAACGCUACUCCCUCUGUCACAACUAAACUUGCCGAGAAUUUCACCCGCUCAACCUCUGCUGGUGCAAUGGACGUGGAUGGCUUUGAGAACGGAAAAGACGUGUAUGCCCCGAGUAGAGUCACCGAUCUGAAGGUCAUCUCUUUUGAUACCAGAAAUCAUACAGUGACCUUGACCUGGACUGCACCUGGGGACGAUCUCAAUGUCGGCACUGCUUCCAGAUAUGAAAUACGAAUCGCAGAAACUACUGACGCACUGAGAAAUGAGUUCUCGUCUUGCCUAAACGUGACACCAAAUAUGAUCAAAUCUGGACAUUUGGUGCCCAGCCCCGCCAACAGCAGGGAGGAGAUGACGAUCAAGACACCCGUUGGUUGGACGUCGGUCGGGUUUGCCAUGGUGACCUUUGAUGAAGUCAAUCACCACUCUCAUAAAUCCAACAUCGCUAUGGCAACUUUCAAACAAGUAACACUUCCAGGCCAAGUAACUGCCGAAACAAAGCUACCGUGGCAGUCGUCCACGUCACUACCCAUGCAGUCGGCCACGACACUACCGAUGCAGUCGGCCACGUCACUACCCAUGCAGUCGGACGAGUCACUACCCAUGCAGACGACAAGCCCGGCUGUAAUCGGCGCCGUUGUCGGCGGUACAUUAGGGGGUGUUAUUGUUGGUGCUGCGGUUGCUGUUUCUAGUGCCAGGAUGUUCUUCAAGAAGAAGAUUCUACAUAAGCCAUCCGACCCGCUUGAUGCCGAAAUGACCGAGCGAUCUGUUCCACACGAGUCCUUCUUCUUACAUGUGAAACAUUGA